AUGUACAUUGAAAUAUACAGUCUUGGUGGUGGUAGGUCACAUGAGCCUGGAGGGACCGGUCCUCCUAGUUUAGCUGUCCUGAGAGACAGGCCGGUGUGGGCCGCUGCGGGCCGGAGACAGUCCGGCGGGGAGGCAGAGACCGACAGGGACAUGAAGAAACACUUUCGCGUCUGUCGCUUCAUUAUGGAGACAGGAGUGAAGCUGGGGAUGCGCUCGGUGCCCGUGGCCACAGCCUGCGUGUUGUACCACCGGUUCUUUCAACGUGCCAGACUACAGGUGUAUGAGCCCUACCUGGUGGCCAUGAGCUGUGUGUACCUGGCUGGCAAAGUGGAGGAGCAACACACCAGGACCCGUGACAUCAUCAACGUCAGCCAUAGGUAUUUCAACAGUGGCAGUGUUACUCUAGAAUGUGACAAGGAGUUCUGGGAUUUGAGGGACAGCGUGGUGCAGUGCGAGCUGCUCAUACUCCGACAGCUCAACUUCCACGUCUCCUUUGAACACCCUCACAAGUAUUUGCUCCACUACCUGAUGUCUGUGAAGUCGCUGGUGAACCGCCACGCGUGGUCUCGAACCCCCGUUGCCGAGACUUCCUGGGCAUUGCUGAGAGACUGUUACCAUGGAGCCAUGUGCAUCCGCCACACACCACAACACAUUGCCAUAGCAACGUUGCACCUGGCUCUGGACAGCUACGGAGUGGAGCUGCCGGUCGGGGAGAGAGAGUGGUGGCAGGUGCUGUGUGUGGACGUGACCAAAGCAGACAUCGAUGCUGUGAUCUCUGACCUUCUGCAACUCUACGACAUGGAGGCCAAGUGUAUCUGAAGGGCGCACAUGACAGCUGAUUUGUCAGUGUGUCUGGGGGCCAUGGAGAUCAUGUGCAUGCUCCAUUCUGCAUGUCAGUGUCGGGUUCAGGUGUGUACUUGCGUGAGAGACGGAUCACUUUGUUCUUGCUCCAGUUAUUCUCAGAUGAGAGAAAUCCCAGCUGCACUGCCGUGUCCUCCCACCGGGGAGAGACAUUUCUUGCUUUGUGGUCUCCAAUGCUGAAAUCUAAUGUCAUCACACAGUUGUUGUAAAUAAUAAUCAAUAACUCCACCAUAUCGCAUAUUGAGUGGCAUUGUCCUACAUGUUUGUGCAUAAAGAUGAAAGCAUGUCUUAAAGUUGAGUCCUAAUUAGGAUGCAGACUAGAUAGAUCUACAUAAUAACAAGGACAAUUAAAUGUUCCUUACUGUAUCAAACGGGAUUUAAAACUAUCAUUUAAAUGGUCUUGACAUUGCAUAUUAUUAUAUCAAAUGUAAAUUUCACAUAUCAACGCAAUCGGCCUGGCUUAGUGUUGAUACUGUACUGAUCAUGUUUUUUGGGAUAUUCUAGCAUAUUCUGUGUUUCUUUAGCACUGCCAUUUGCAGAGAUGUUCUCAUGGAUGAACUCAUAGAUUGCUUAUCCUUUUGGUGGAGGACCUAUUGGAUGAAAAAGAUGUGAGCGCGCGUCCUGCUGUAUUUUUUCAGACUAAUGUUUCUGCUAUUUAAAUGUCAGUUUGAAUUUAGACUGUGUAUUGUUCAAAUGAACUCCUCCUCUAUCCUGUUUCAAAGAUAUAUCUGCUGAUGAACUAUAUUUUAUUCUCGUCAAUAAUUGACAUGGAAAGACCAACAAUAAAAUGAUUUGAAUACUAACAA